AUGCAUGAAAAAUCGUCAAAGCAAUUUAUCCCGGAAGCCACGCAUAGCUCUCUGGAAUCUUUACAUUUACCGUUUAUCCAAAAAGAACAACCUAGCUAUGAGACUCUUAGUACUGUACUUCAACACUUUGAAUACUAUUUUCUUGAUAGACAAACCAAACCUAUUUGGGAAACUAGUAAUUCCCAAGAAUAUAUUGAAGAAACUUCGUUCGCUAAUAGGAGAGCAAUCGAUUGGUUGACCAGACUUAUUGCUUCACCUCUAGAGUGGAUACAUGUUGAGUCACAAAGAGAAGAAGUAGUAGAACGAGCAGCGAAAUGCAUUGCAGCUGCUUGCGGUCCGAUUAUAAGGGAUUGGAGUUUUCCGGCACCACCAGGAAACAACAAACCCAUUUCAUUAAAGAUUCGUGAUUCAACUUUACUCGAUGACGAUGUUGGUUUCAAGACAUGGGGUGCCGCCUAUCUAUUAGCAAAACGAUGUACUUCUGGUCAAGCAAUGCCCUUGGACAAAAUUCAAUCGACAUUCAUUCUCGAAAUCGGAACAGGAACUGGAUUGGUCGGGCUGACAUGUGCGAUGAUCGGAUGUCUAAAUGUUUUACUCACUGAUUACCAUCUAAAUGUUCUAUCCAAUGUCGCAUAUAAUAUUAAUUUGAAUCAAUUACAAAAUGUUGUUAAAGUGGAAAAACUUGAUUGGAAAGAUAUAGCAAAUGGGGUUGAACCGGAAUUCCAACAAAAAUUUGACAUUAUUGUAGGAGCAGAUAUUGUUUAUGAAGUUGCACAUGCCAAUUGGAUACCGAAAGUAAUCAAAAAAUUCAUGAAAAAAGGCGGAACUUUUUAUUUAAUGAUUCCGCUUCGUCCGACUCAUACUUUAGAAGUAGAAUUGUUUGAGCGAUGUAUGGAGGAACAAGGAUUCAUUUUACAAUCUCGCCAGGAUCAACAAGGAUUGGACGACUUUAGUGGCAUACAAAACUAUCGAUAUUAUGAGUUCAAAGAUUAA